CAAAUUUGCUUUGCGCUGCAUCGAGACCGAGAAUUAAAGACUUGAAAGCAGCUGGAGAAAUUACAAGAAAUUGAUCCCCGAAAAUUACUGGCAAUCGCGAACAGCGGGCGUGUGUGUGUGUGUGCGUGCGCGCGAGAGCGAGAGAAUAAGUGAACGAAACAGAACGAGCACAGAAAUUACACAAGUUGUAAAAGAAAAGGUGAAGAAAAAAGUUGGUCGAGACCGAAUAUUGAUUUUUUCAUAGACGGUGCAGUUAAAACAACGGUCUCUUUUUGUUAGCCAAAAAGGCGUUGGGAAAAAGCGGUAGUAGUUUUUAUCUCAAUUUUGAGGCCUACAGAAGAAUAGAAGAAAAAGCAACAGAAAGCGUCAGCCUUGUUUAUAAAAAACUCGAAAAUAGAAACGCACCCACACACCGACACUUGCAUGCACAGUGGAACACUCAGUUCUAACUAUCAGAAAAGAAUAAAUAAAAAACAAAGCACGCCAGGCUAAGUACUUAAACGAGAAAUUCGAGCAAAGCCGAAAGAUAACUAGCCGGUUAACAAAUAAAUCAGAAAUCAAGCGAAAGACCCAAAAAAGCAUGCCACAGUCAGAGGGCGGCUAUGUAUCGCUGCCGGCCGUCAAUGGCAAUGGCGGCGCCAUCUAUCAGUCGACCACAGAGCCCACGGCCCCGCCCUCCGUCUUCGCGAGCGUGAAGCGGGCCAUUGGCCAGGCCAUCAAGUCCUCGCCCACCGACAGCGAGGAGCUGCUCCGCUCGGACCGCCUGCCGGUCAUCGUCGGCGGCUCCAGAAUCUCUUUCAGAGACCGCGACAAAUCCGGUAAGACACUGACCACCAAGAUGCCGUCAGCUCCAACACACACUGCCGAGGAGGCACACCUGCUGGGCACCAUGCCCGUUGAUCCCAUGGAUGACAUCGAACUGCGCUCCGUGCAGCUGCAAUUCCCCAAUGCCCGCGGCUCCAUCCUGGAGGCCUGCGAACAGCGACGCGUGCCCACAGACAAGGGCGAUGUCCACGUGGCCAUACAGGGCGAUACGGCCAAGCCGGCCAUCAUCACCUACCACGAUUUGGGCCUCAACUACGCCACCAGCUUUGCUGGCUUCUUCAAUUUUCCAGUGAUGCGAGGUCUGCUGGAGAACUUCUGUGUUUACCAUGUGACUGCUCCUGGCCAGGAGGAGGGUGCACCCACUUUGCCAGAGGAUUACGUGUAUCCGACCAUGGAUGAUCUGGCCGCCCAGCUGCUUUUCGUGCUAUCCCACUUUGGCCUGAAGUCGGUGAUUGGUUUCGGCGUUGGUGCCGGGGCAAAUAUUCUGGCCCGUUUCGCUCACGCCCAUCCGGACAAGGUGGGCGCCCUGUGCCUGAUCAACUGCGUGUCCACGCAGUCGGGCUGGAUCGAGUGGGGCUACCAGAGCUUCAAUGCGCGCUUCUUGCGCACCAAGGGCAUGACACAGGGCGUGAUCGAUUAUCUGAUGUGGCACCACUUCGGACGCAAUCCGGAGGAGCGCAAUCACGACCUGGUGCAGAUGUACAAGCAGCACUUCGAGCGUGGCGUUAAUCCGACCAAUCUGGCCAUGCUGAUCAACGCGUACAUCCAUCGCAACGACCUGCAUCUGGCGCGCACUCCGCCAGGUACUCCGGGCAGCGAAACGGCGGCCACCACGCUGAAGAUGCCGGUGAUCAAUAUCACGGGUUCGCUCUCGCCGCACGUCGACGACACGGUGACCUUCAAUGGCCGUCUAGACCCCACAAACUCAUCGUGGAUGAAGAUUUCCGAUUGCGCUUUGGUGCUGGAGGAGCAGCCGGCUAAGCUGGCCGAGGCCUUCCGGCUCUUCUUGCAGGGCGAGGGCUACGCUGUUGGCACACUGCAAAAGUUGGCGCGCAAAAUCUCAUCGGUCAGCCGGAGCAGUUCCACGCAAAUUGAGCUCACUAUACAGUGAACGGCGGCGGCAGAGCAGAACUAAGUGAGCGAAUGGAGAGAGCAGCAGCAGUGGCAGCGACAUCGGCAGAAGCAGCAGCAUCGGCCCCAAUUCGGUGGGGCAGAGUGUGAGAGAGAGAGAGAGAGAGAGAGAGAGAGCAAUUGGAUAAUCACCCGACACUGAUACACCCAAACAAAAAAUUAGAACAAUAACCACACUGAGAAAAAUGGUUUACAGCUUUGCUUUUAAGGGCAAAAAAAACUUGCUUCGGUUUCUCCACUUCUGUGAUUUGCGUUGAAAUUUAUUGUUGCUCUUUUGUUUAUGUUAAAUACUUUUUUUGUAAUUAAUGCCAUUUUUAGUUGGUAAGCUAUUAAGUGGAAAGCGGCAAGUGAUUAGUUUCCAUUUCGUUUGUUGUCUACAUAAAUAAAUGCAUUGCGUAUAUGUACUUUACAUAUAGCCUUUCGUUGUGUCACCCCUUUCUCCCACAUGCCUUAAAAGUCGGGCUGCUUUCACCAUCCACAACACAGCUUAAAUGUACGAGAGCAAUAAGUUUAAACACGCUAUACAAAUAUACAUACAUGACAACGCUAUUAUAUACAAAUUACAUACACUAACCAUACUCAAGUCGAGACAAACGAUAAACGAAACGAAAAUUGAAAGUGUAAGCUUUUGUUGUAUAUUUGAGAAUUCUAAAUAAACGAACGAACAACGUGAA